UAGUUUAUAGACGGAUAGAAUGUUUUAUCCUCCCAUAUUAUUUGAAACUCACAAGCAGAGAGCAGAGUGCGGCCGGGAGGCACCCUGAGUCAGGAGAUAUUUACACCAGUUAAAAUAAACAAAUCUCAAAUCUCCCUCCUCGCUCUUUUCUCUUUAUCAGUGAAAGAAAAUGGGGAGCUCAUCGAAGGACGAUUCCGGCAGCGACGGCGAAACGUCCAGCGGCGACGCUCCUCCUUCUAAUUCUGGCAUCUUCUCCGAGGGCGAGCGUGUCCUUGCUUAUCACGGUCCUCGCAUCUAUGAAGCCAAGGUUCAAAAAGCUGAGCUCCGAAAGAAGGAAUGGAGAUAUUUUGUUCAUUACCUUGGUUGGAAUAAAAAUUGGGACGAAUGGAUAGGCACGGAUCGACUAUUGAAACAUACUGAAGAGAAUGUCGUGAAACAGCAGGCCCUUGAGAAAAAACAGGGUGUAGACAAGAGUUCAAAGCUUGGACGUUCAGCACAAACUAAGCCAAAAACCUCUACUGAUGCAAAGGUGGAUAAGGAAGAUGCGAAAAGCAAUGUGGCAAAAGGCAAAAAGCGUAAAAGUGACUCGGGCAUUGAGAAGGAUAAUUUGUCUGCGGAAAAGCUCGUCAAGAUCCAAAUUCCAUCAACACUAAAGAAGCAACUUGUCGAUGACUGGGAAUUCGUCAUCCAACAGGAUAAGCUUGUAAGACUUCCACGAUCACCAAAUGUAGAUGAUAUUUUGACAAAAUAUCUUGAGUACAGGUCAAAAAAGGACGGCAUGAUGACCGACUCAAUAGGAGAAAUUUUGAAAGGAAUACGCUGCUACUUUGACAAAGCAUUACCAGUAAUGCUCCUAUACAAGAAAGAGCGCCAUCAGUAUGAUGAUGCUGUCGAAAAUGAUGCAUCUCCAUCAACUAUAUAUGGUGCUGAACAUUUAUUGCGCCUCUUUGCUUUUUACUUUGCAGUCAAGUUGCCGGAGCUACUGGCAUAUGUGAACAUUGAAGAGGAGACAUUAGCACGCUUACAGCAGAAAUUACUAGACUUUCUCAAGUUUCUGCAGAAGAAUCAAAGUACUUUCUUCCUUUCAGCAUACGAUGGAUCUAAAGUUUCUGAAGGCAAAGGCAAAGGAAAAGACGAGUGAUCCUUUACCCACCUACGCAAUCAUAUUUGUUGUUUUUCCUACCAUGUUGCCAUAUGAUCUGCUGAUUUAAGACAACAAGUAGAUGGAGCAUUCAACUGUUGUUGUAACAAUAAUAUUUAUUAUUCUUUUUUAUUCUCUAGCCAAAAAUUAGUAGUAAUUUUAGUGAAGCAUUGUACACACGGCUCAUUGUUGGUGAUUUGCUUAUUUGUCAUAAAACCGAUAACUACAAAGACUUUAUUUA